UUAACGAUUCAUCAAAAAUAUCUCGUGCACCACAAUCACCCAACAACAAACCAAUCAACGAUAAACAAACAUGUAGUUCCAAAGACUACAAACAAGCAGAAUACAAAUAUUACCUUCCUUAUGUUAUCAGUUGGGUUGUAAUAUGCGUUGGUGCAAUUUGCUGGUUUGUUGUUCGGUUUAGAAUCAAAAUCGGAAUCGAGGAAAGACCCCAGUCACGUAAUAGUGAUAACAUACAAUCAGGUAUUUCGUCGGAAGAUGGGACGAAUCGAUCAAUUGAUCAGAGCAAAUGA